UUAAAAAUCUCUGAUUGAUUUGGGUUAAAACAUACCUAGAGAGAAAGACAGAGAUCGAGAUGGAGAUUAUUAAGCAUUCCUGUCACGAGCAUGUGUUAUCGCUGACUGGAAAGAAGAGAGAAGAUUUGGUUUUAUGCAUCGCAUGCGAAGAAUACUGCGAUGAAGGUCUGAUCUACAGUUGCAGGACAUAUUUCUGUAGGUUCAACCUGCACGAAUCAUGUGCAAAGCUACCGCAGGAGUUGCACAAUCCCCUUCUUCACCCACACCCUCUUUCCCUACUACUCCCAGACCCAAAGUACCGCAGUGUUUAUUGUAAAGCUUGUGGUAACUUUUGCAUGGGCUUCACCUUCUGCUGCGAAAAGUGCGACGUCGACUUUGAUGUUAAUUGCGCUUUUAUAAGGCCAGCCAUAGAAGAAGAAGAAGAAGGGGAGGAGGCAGUUGUUGUUGGUACACAUUGUAGCCACGGCCAGCAUCCAUUGCUACUCUUCCACAAGAUUGUUGCCGAUCGCAUUCGCUGCCGCCUUUGUGAAACAUACUGCUCGGACCCGAUGACCUAUGGUUGCCUUCCAUGUGGCUUCUUUCUCCAUCCCUCGUGUUUUAACUUGCCGGAAGAGAUUUUCCAUCCCUUUCAUCCAUACCACGGCCCUCUCACCCUAAAACGCAUCAAGGAUAAAGGUAGUCGACGAUGCAAUGCCUGUCGCCAGGAUAUCCGGGACAACCUCGCCUACUUUUGUGAGUAUAAGAAUUGCAGCUUUUGCUUGGACAUAGAAUGCACUAGUGUGAUAAUGCCUGCCAUAACAUACCAAGGCCACGAUCACCUUCUACAAUUCAAUGACAGUAUGAAGAAUAUAGAUGACGAACUGAUCAAGUGCAGCGCUUGCAAAUCCAGUUGUGAAUCAUAUGGUUUCAGAUGUCUGUAUUGUGAUUUCAAUCUCCAUCAUACGUGUGGUCCAUUACCAUCUACCAUUAAACACAAAUCCCACAUACAUCCCCUCAUUCUUACCAAUUCUCCUGCCCAACAUGAAGAUGAGACAGACGAUGAAUUCUAUUGCGAUGCUUGUGAGGAAGAAAGGCUGGAUCCACUAAUAUUACCCAUUUAUCAGUGCAUACAAUGUCACUUUGCUGCUGAUAUUAAAUGCCUAACCUCUGAGGUAAUAUCAUUGCUAAAUGGAGAAUAUGGAGAUGUAGAGUUGAUAAAUCCUCUAGGACAGUUUGGUAAGGUUAUUACCAAAGACGCAGCAAAAGAGAUGGUGCAAACAAAAGAUAAAAAACAACUCGAGCUAACUUUAACCUGGGAAGAUGUUUUAAAAACUUUGAGAGAAGACGAGAAUGAAAAUGAAGUGGUUCUUUUAGAGGCUAGAAUAAAGGAAAUAACUACUGCUAGAUGGAUAGAGCCAUAUGACCGUGAGGAAAUUAAAAUGUUUUGUGACAAAGCUUGUCCAGAUUUCAUGGAGUUUGGCGAUGAUGAUAAGUAUUGGAGUUACAAGUUUCCUUAUGAUUGGUAUAUUCUUUCUUCUAUUACGAAAGAAGAGGUUGUCAAUGUUGGGGAUUACAUGACUACUCGGAGGUUAGCCCCUAUUUUAAACCACCUGCUUUCUAACUAUGGGAAUAUUGGUGCCGAAUCCACAUCAAGUCCUAAGGGGAGAUCGCUCUACUUUUGCAUGUUAUGUGAGUGCAUAGAUCGUAUGAGAAACACCAAGGUUGUGGAUAUCACAAUUGGUAUACUUCUCAGUUGGUGGAGAUGCUUGAAAAUCUUGCAAUUUGCAGGAUUUAAAAUUGAGUUUGCCUUUGAUAGAUUGAAGAGAGUUACACAUGCUCAUUUUGGUCUUUAUGUUGAAAAGCAAGUAGACAAUACUGUUGAUCAAAUUGAGAAAUGUACAAGAAAACUCGAGUACAUAAAAUCUGCAAAAUCCAACUUAAUCGAGGAAUGCUUGAGAGAGGCUUUGAUACUAAAAAAAGAAAAAGCAGUUCCAUCAAGACUACUAUAGACGUCAACUGUGUUAAACGUUUAUUUCCAUGCAUGUAUGUUUAUUUCUUUUGUGUUAGUUUGUCUUAUUUAAUGUGUUAGGAAGUUAGUUGUGGGUACUCAUUGUGCUACUUAUAUGUUUACAACAUGAAUUGCAAUAAAAUUCAUCA